AUUUGUUUUUGAUAGCAAUGAUUGAUUCAGUUGGUGGUCCACAGAGGAUGAACAAUUUUCUUGCAACACUCAAUCUGCCAACAAUUAAUAAUAAAAACCUCAAAGUUAUGGAGCGCAGAGCUGGUGAGAUGAUUGAGAAAUUUGCAGAUGAAAAUAUGAAGAAUGAAAGUCAGGAAGCAUUCAGAGAGGAAAUGAGAGAAGUUGCAGCACAGGAGAUGGGUUCAAAUGCAGAUUCUUAUGAUAAAGAACUUGGUGUAGCAAUAAUUGAAGAUGAAUUUGAAGGAGAUCCAUCACUCAUUGAAAAAUGCAAUUUGGGAGCAUUUGAUUUACUUGCGGAGAGUAAUAGCUCAUCCCCUCAACUUCCUGCCAAACCCAUGCCAGUAGUGAAAAAAGUUGGUGUUGACAGAACUGCAUCCACCAAAACAAAAAAGAAAAUUAUAUUCCCUUCAAAGACUCGAUCAGGAAUGACAGUAGCAGCUGAUCAUGCUUGGCAAAAGAGAGGUUAUGACAGCUUAACAGGACAUACUUACCUGAUAAGUAAAAGCAACAAAGUAUUAAAGACAGUUAUAAAGCAUCGAUCAUGUGCAACAUGCAAAUGGUGGAAAAGAAAUAGGCCAGGUCAGAGAAUAAGGUCUCACAGAUGUGUUUGGAACCACCGAGGCAGUGCUAAGAUGAUGGAGAGUGAGGCUUGA